GCCAACUUCUUUGUUCAGGAUUGAAACCUCGCCCUCCAUUCCUCUCUGCUCUAACCUUCUCUUCAUCCAUUAAUUCUAUAACCCACUUCUACAUUUAGAAACUUUCUGUCACGUUCUCCUUUCUUCCAUCUCCAAAGGACCAAGCCUUCGAAACCAGAAAAUUAGAGGUACUUUACAAGAUCGCGGCGUUUUUUUUUUUUCCUUCUCCUUCUCGGUAAACGGCGAUAUUAUCCGUCCUGUCUCAUUUAUCUCCUUUGUCCAUCUUUCAAAUCAUGCCCUAUUUGCUUUAUGCAUUUAUUGGGUUUCGUUUGCGUUACAAGUAAUUACGCCGUUUGCACGUUGUAAAGAAUCGAAAGCUAUUAGGAGUUUUAUUGCUCGGUCUGGCUCUUUUACUUUCUCGGGGCGUUGUUUUGCCUUGAGUUAAGAACUUGGCAAUUCCAUUUUUCCCUUGUUCGUUUAAGAACCGAAAGCAAAAUCUGUAAAGACUCGAGGGUUCUUUCGGCCGAGCAUUGCAAGAUUCCUUGAUCGUAAAAGCAUGCAAAACGUUAUUGAGAGCCCGGUUUGCCACCUGUGAUAAACGAGGAUCAUCAAUGGCCUAAGAGAGCCCCGCGAUAUUAAUUUUGGAGAUACAUUUCAUCUGGGUCCACCAAUUUAAAUCCGUAUCUGAUGGAAUAAUCCAAUUUUGUGGUGGUUUUGAAAUUAAGUUAAAGCAAUGGUGCAAACGGAAGCUUCAAUUGCUUGCCGAACUGAAAGCCCGAAACUUCAAAAAAUGAGCCUAGUGUGAAAAUAUGGACGCAAAAGAAGACGCUGAACCUCAUGAGGAUUGGGCCUUGUCGUCAGCAUCGACGCUCAAGCAAAUGCCUGGGGAGGGUACCAGAGCUGCUGGCGAAACAUCGAACACUGUGUACUCUAAUGUGUCAAGCGUUCCGCCUAUGGAGUCUCCUUCACAUAGACGUAGCCACAGCGAAACUGUGAUUGCAGGAUUCCGUCGUAGUGAUAGCUUUCGAAAGUUGAAAUCUCAUGUGCAGAAGGCCUGGCGGUGGGGUGGCAAAUCCCGUGAAGAUGGUUUCUCGUCGACUUUCAACCCUGAGGACCUGGCAAACCAAAAACGCCUGUGGUAUCAGCUUCAUUCCAAAGCUAUGGAGUGUGUAAAUUAUAAGGAGCCAACCUCGCUCUUCGAAAAUUUUGUGAUUGUGGGGCUGCUUCCAGAAGCUAAUUUGGAAGCCGUGGAGGAAGCAUUUGUAGAAAGGAAGAAAUGGGGAAAAGAUAUAGCAAAAUCUGAAUUUGUAGACUCCAAAACGUUGCGGCAACAGGGGCCAGCAGCACCAACUUUGGAGCCUCAGUUACUUUUCAAAUAUCCUCCCGGGAAGAGGCUACCAAUGCGUAAGAAGGAUUUAGCCUCCUUCUGCUUUCCUGAAGGUGUUAAGGCAUGGGUUUUGGAGAGGACCCCAUCUCUUAGUGAGCUAAAUGAACUUGUCUAUGGACAGGAGCAUUUAGGCAGAGAUGAUUUGUCUUUUAUUUUCUCAGUCAAGGCAGCUGACAGUGCAACACUUUAUGGAGUUUGCUUACAUGUGCCUGAAAUUGUUCAACGUCCUCCUGGUAUCUUAGGCGUUUCAUCUCCCCAGUCUCCACCUUCUGCAGCAUGCAGUCAUGUUCUAGUUUCAGCACCUCGUUGUUACUGUCUGCUCACUAGAGUUCCUUUCUUUGAGUUACAUUUUGAGAUGUUGAACAGUCUCACUGCACAGGAGCGUCUAAAUCGAAUAACACAGUUUGUAAGUGAUAUGAGUCUCACAGGUUCCUUUACAUUAAGACCUAAACCAGAUGAUCAAACGAGUUCACAUAUUGAUACCCAAGAGAGGGAGUGUUUUAGUGAUUGGAUGGCUUGUGCAAUACCUGUUGGUGAUGUAGCAGCUAUCACUGCUGCUGCUGCAGGAAUUAUAAGUGAUGAUGAGAUCCAGCGCUUCUCACCCAAAUGGGAUCCUCAGUCCCCUGUUAGUCUGACUGGCAGUGAAGCUUCAGAUUUUUCCCGAGAUAGCAAGAAGAAUCUACAUGAUCAUGAUGACUGUACUUUUGGGACACCAGAAACCCAUCCAGAUGCUUCAGAAAGGACAUAUGAAAACUGUGAAAAUGGCCAUAUUUCUCCAGAGUUUGGAACACCUUUAUCUUAUCGAGGUCCUGUAUUGGAGCGUACAGGGAGUUCUGAGUCACUUUUCAAAAGUCCAGGAAGGAGCAUGACAUCAGAUGAUGAGGGUGAUUUUUUUGCAAAUACUGAGAAAGAUUACGGGAAUGAAUUCUUAAUGGAAUGGGCUAGGGAGACUAAGAAUGAUUUGCUACAGAUAGUGUGUGGAUAUCAUGCUCUAUCUAUUCCUGCUCGAGGAAGUGAAUUUAUUUUUCACCCUCUUGAGCAUCUUCAGGCCAUUGGCUAUAGACGGGCUUCAGUUGCUGCUCUUGGUUUUCAUGGACAUUAUUUUAAUUUCUUGGAAUCUGCUCAGAAGGUCAAUGCAAAGUUGGCUGCUGCUGAGGAAGCUCUUGCAUUAUCAAUAUGGACAACUGCAACUACUUGUCGUGUUUUGUCCCUUAAUACUGUGCUGAGUUUAGUUACUGGAGUGUUAUUGGAAAAGCAGGUGAUUUUAGCUUGUCCAAAUCUGGGUAUUCUAUCUGCUUCAGUACUAUCUCUUGUUCCUAUGAUUCGUCCAUUUCAGUGGCAGAGUUUAUUUUUACCUGUUUUACCUGCGGGAAUGUUUGAUUUUCUUGAUGCGCCAGUUCCUUAUAUUGUGAGAACCAUUUUGUAUAUCGUGGUUUUGCUGAUUAUUACUUUACCAUUGAUUACUGAUAUUCUACUUCCUCCAGGAUUUUGUUUUGGACUUUUGUUUUAUCUAGAGUUAACAUCUAGUGUUUUAGCGCUUUUGAUGGUGCUGUCUCAAACUUAUCUUUAGGAGGGUUUCUUAUUG